AUGACGAUUGACAUACUCGACAUCGGUGGUGAGCCGAUUUUCGACGAGCGUAUCGUCAGGAUCGAGACUCACACGUACAAUCCGUACGCCAACGCGACGUUGGGAUACAGCGACGAGAUACGUAUACCUAUUCAACAACAGGACCUGUACACUCUGCCGUGCGAGAGCUUUCUCUACGUCGAGGGGAUAUUUACGGACGAUAAGCGUAAGUCGAGACUGACGAGCAAUUGUGUCGCUUUUAUGUUCGACGAAAUUCGUUACGAGUUAAACGGUGUGGAGAUCGACAGAAACAGAAACGUGGGAACGACCAGCACGAUCAAGAAUUACGUAACUUUAACGUCGAGAGAUAAGGAUGUAUUACAGAACGCCGGAUGGGGCAGACCGGUAGUUUCCGCGGACGGUUUUUUCAAUUUUUCAGUUCCUUUAAAGAUACUCCUGGGUUUUUGCGAGGAUUAUCAACGCAUAGUGAUAAACGCGCGACACGAACUUAUCUUAAUACGCGCGCGCAACGACAACAAUUGCAUCGUGGCGGAAGAUACUUCCAUCGAGCCUAAAGUCGUUCUGUCUAAGGUUCAAUGGCGAAUGCCUCACGUGAUGUUGAACGACGUUAACAAAUUAUCGCUAUUACGAACGCUGGAGAGCGGUCGAUUCCUAAGCGUUGGAUUUCGUUCGUGGGACCUGUAUGAAUUUCCUCUAUUGCAGAGCACUACUAAACACUCGUGGGCCGUCAAGACAGCGGCGCAAGUGGAAAAACCGCGAUACGUUAUCUUCGCUUUGCAGACCGAGAGAAGAAACAUUCUUCCGAAAGACGUAUCUGUAUUCGAUCAUUGCAAUCUCACUAACGUAAAACUCUACCUGAAUUCGGAUUUUUAUCCCUACGAUGACAUGAAUUUAGAUAUGAAGCAAUACAAAAUUGCGGUACUGUACGACAUGUUUGCGAAAUUUCAAAAGGUAUACUACGGACGCGACGUCGACGAGGCCUAUCUAAAUGUAGUAGAUUUUAUGAAUUACGGUCCAUUCGUGGUGAUCGAUUGCUCUCGUCAAAACGAGGCGAUAAAGAGCGCCACGGUAGACGUUCGUAUAGAAUUCGAAUGCAAGGAAAACGUUCCGGCUAACACAACGGCGUACUGUCUGAUUAUUCACGAUCGCAUCAUCGAGUACAGCCCCCUGACUAAUAUUCUGCGGAAAAUUGUGUAA